UGUUUGUGUCUGACUGAUUGACCAAUUAAACGAAAAUAUUCAAAUGCUCACAAAUUUUAAUCUUCAAAUCGAUUAUAAAAUAAUUUAAAUAUUCAAAAAUGAAAGCUGUGAUUCAACGCGUUACCAAAGCAUCAGUUGUAGUAAAUGGAGAAGUAAUUAGUAGCAUCGGUAAUGGACUGUGUGUUUUAAUUGGAAUUAAAUCCGAUGACACGAUUGCUGAUGCCGAGUACAUAGCUGAAAAAAUAUUGAAGUUAAAAAUUUUUGAUGGCGCUACUGGUAAAAGAUGGGCUUCCAGUGUAAUGGACAAAGAUUUUGAAGUUCUAUGUAUCAGUCAGUUUACACUUUAUCAUAUUAUGAAGGGAAAUAAAUUAGAUUUCCAUCGCGCGAUGUCAACUUCAUCAGCUGAGUCAUUUUAUAAACAUUUUUUGAGUGAAUUGAAACAAAAAUACAAUCCUGAGCGUAUUAAAGAUGGUAAAUUUGGAGCUAUGAUGAAUGUUCAAAUUGAAAAUAAUGGACCCGUUACUCUAGAAAUUGAAUCUCCAAUAAAAGACAAUGUUGAAUCUGUACCAACAUAAUCACUAUUUGUUACUCAACAGCUUAUUUUAUUAAUUUACACAUUCGUUAUCACAAAGUCUAGCAUUUUAUAAUUUUUUAUAAUGAAUUUUUCUACCAAAAAUGUAAUAAAAAAAAACUCCCGACACCAUACAAUUUUUUUAAAAUUUUCAUAAACAAAUUACAUGUAUUAAAAAAAAAAUAUUUAUAAAUUAUGCAUCAAAGGUUUAUGAUAGUAAAGUUAGCAGACAUCUGGAACUUUUAAAAACUUUGAAAUAGGGAAUUAAAAUGUUUAUAGAAUAAAAAUAAAAAAAUGCAUGAUUAGAAAAUUCAAAAUUCAGUACAUGCGUUUUUUUAAAUUUUAUUAUUUUAAUUGAUUUAUUUACUUAUUUAAAAUUUAUCAAUUGCCUCAUGUCUGCUACAUUUACACUCACAAAAAGUUUUCAUAUUUAUACUUUUUAAAUUUUAAAAUACAAAAAUUGUGAGGUGUCAGUUGCGUUUACUGUCAUUCAAUA